AUGAGGACGAAACCUCGGAGCGAACGGGCGCUGCCGUCCCGGGGCGCUGGGUGCUCACCUGCGUCCGGGCCAGGCUGCGGCGCCCAGCGCUACCGUGGCUCCUGCCGGAGGAUGCUCGAGGGCUGGUGCAGGUCUGAGGAUUUCUCAGGAGUUCUUCUUGCCCCUGGACCCCAAGAUCCCUGCUCUGGGAACCGUCAGAGUCCUGCCUGCUCUGUCCCACUCGCAGUUCUCCUCGGGGGCUGGUGUCUCCUGUACCACUCCAGUGAGACUGUGGAUGCAGUGCCGCAGGCUGGGGCCUUGAGCAGCACAGGUGGAGGCCGGCAGGGCUGCCUUUGUCCUGCUGCUCCGAGCGGCUGUGGCUGGCACGAGAGCGUGGCUCGGCUUGCCUGCAGCCGGCCCGCUGGCAUCGCCCUCGGCCACCAGCGGGGACCCUUCCCGUGGGCUGGGCCCGGGCUGCACCGGCUCUUCUGGGCCUCCUGCCAGGAGCAGACCGGGGAGCUGAGGAGGGAAGGGGUGCACUGCGUCCCCUCUGCAGAGCUGAUGGCCCUGGGGCAGUGGUGUUACGACUCACAGGACCCCCAAUGCGGGCCCAGCCACUGGAAGGAGCUGAAAGCCACGUGUGGUGGCGACAGGCAGUCCCCUGUGAACAUCGACAGGCGCCGGCUGCAGCGGGAUGGCGGCCUCGGGGACAUCCUCUUCGAGGGUUAUGACCAGGCUCCCCCUGGCAAGUGGAGGCUGACAAACAACGGGCACACAGUGAUGCUGAGCCUGGCGGGCGAGUCGGCCUCUGAGCACAUCGCCGUCAGCGGGGGGGGCCUCCCCGGCCGGUACCGCGCGCUCCAGCUCCACUUCCACUGGGGCAGCCUGGCUGGGAACGGCUCCGAGCACACCCUCGAUGGGCGCCAGCUCCCCAUGGAGAUGCACAUCGUCCACAUGAAUGCCAAGUACCAGACACUGGCAGAGGCCAAGGGGCAUCCCAAUGGGCUGGCUGUCCUCGGCUUCUUCUUCCAGGUCUCUGAAACCACUAACACCAACUACAACACCAUCGUGGCAGGGCUGAGGAAUGUCUCCCAUGCUGGGGACUCUGUGGAUUUGGCCUCCACGUUCCGCCUGAGCACGCUGCUGCCGCCUGCUGCCCGCCUCUCGGGCUACUACCGCUACCAGGGCUCCCUGACCACCCCCGACUGCAGCGAGGCCGUGGUCUGGACUGUGUUUGAGGAGCCAGUGGAGAUCGGCCGGGAACAGCUGAAGGCAUUUGUCAGCACCCUGCACUUCCCACUCGAGGGAUCCACGCUCCUAAAGAUGAUCAACAACUUCCGCCCGCCGCAGCCCCUCCGCAGCCGCAAGGUCUUUGCCUCCCGGGGGGCCACAGCCAGGGGGGGGUCCCUGCACGGGGACCACCACCAGCUCCUCUCACCCCUGCUCCCCCUGGCCCUGCUCAGCCUCUUCUCACCAGCCCCAUAGGCUCUGGCCCUGCUGCAGUGGAGAUGGAGGUGAUGUGUCUUGUUCAUGGGAAAUGGGAAACAAGGAAAAAAAAGCACCUUGAAACCUUGGCUGGGUGAAGAUUUUGUGAAGCUGCAUCUCUGCAGAGGUGAAUCUCUGCAAGCCUGGAGCUGCCCUGGGCUGCCCCUGUAGAUGGGCAGUGGGAGCUGCUGGGAGGGGGAUGUUGUAUUGACUGGAAUAAAGCCAAGGUCCCGUCAA